GCUGACACCUUAACUAACCAGCCAAAUGUCCGUUGCUUGUUAUUGUUGUAGCGUUGCGUUUUGGUCAUAGUCGCGACAAAUGGCAGAUUGGUUGGAAGAUUUUGUCGUAGAUUUGACAUUAUUAUUAAUUUCUGCCUACUGAUUCGGACGGAUAAUGACCAAAACACUAUCCAUCCAGUGGAUGGUGAGGUGAAAACUGCCGAGAUGAGAAGGCAUUGAAUCAAAAGAAUAUUCCUUCCAAUUCGCACGCCCCCCGUUACCGGACGAUUCGGCCGCCUCCCUUGUCUUGCGUAUUGUUCACAGGUUGUAGUUGAGUCAUCACACCCACAAUACACAGUCGAGGAUAUUGCAAUGAACGCCGAAAAAGUUGAAUUCAGCAGAACUGCUGGGAAGCCCAUAAGAUGCAGAGCUGCAGUGGCAAGGGAAGCAGGGGAGCCACUGGUGAUAGAGGAAGUGAUAGUGGCCCCUCCUAAAUCCCGGGAAGUUCGCAUUAAAAUCAUCUGCACCUCUCUUUGCUUCAGCGAUAUUACCUUCUGGAGAUUGAAGGUCCCCCCUGCGUGCUUUCCGAGGAUAUUGGGUCACGAAGCUGUUGGGGUUGUGGAAAGUGUUGCGGAGGAUGUUCAUGAGCUGGCCCCGGGAGAUACAGUUCUUCCUAUAUUCUUGCCUGACUGUGCAGAGUGCACGGACUGUCAAUCCAACAAGAGCAACCUUUGUUCAAAAUUCCCAUUUCAUGUUGCUUCAAUGAUGCCUAGAGACGGUACAAGCAGAUUCACUGAUCUCAAAGGAGAGACUUUGUUCCAUUUUAUUUAUACAUCAAGCUUCAGUGAGUACACUGUGGUGGAUGUUGCAAGUGUAACAAAAAUUGAUCCUGCAAUUCCGCCAAACAGAGCAUGCCUUCUAAGCUGUGGAGUGUCAACUGGAGUUGGUGCUGCCUUGAGAACAGCGAAUGUGGAAUCGGGAUCAACAGUUGCUAUCUUUGGCUUGGGAGCUAUUGGAUUGGCGGUUGCAGAAGGUGCACGGAUCGCUGGUGCUAAAAGAAUCAUUGGUGUGGAUAUCAACCCUGACAAACAUGAAAUAGGGAAAAAGUUUGGACUCACUGACUUUGUGGACUCUAGAAGCUGUGGGAAUAAGUCCAUAAGCCAGGUGAUCACGGAUAUGACUGAUGGAGGAGCAGACUAUUGCUUCGAAUGUGUUGGCUUGGCAUCACUGGUGCAUGAAGCAUAUGCCUGCUGCCGAAAGGGGUGGGGAAAGACUGUUGUAGUAGGAGUGGACAAGCCUGGGUCGCAGCUGACUUUCAGCUCCUUUGAGGUUCUUCACAUGGGAAAAACCCUCGUGGGAUCGUUGUAUGGAGGCCUUAAACCCAAGACAGAUGUUCCCAUGCUCAUUAAAAAGUACUUGGACAAGGAGCUGGAAUUGGACAAGUUCGUGACGCAUGAGGUGAAUUUUGAAGAGAUUAACAGAGCUUUCGAGUUACUGCUUCAAGGGAAGAGCCUCCGCUGUGUGAUAUGGAUGGACAAAUGAUUGCAGUCUCCCUAAACAUGUAUGAUCUGACCUAACACUUGGGACGUCUUUGAAGAAAACCCUUGUCAAUUUCAGUCUCUCCAUGUUGUGCUGUGAACAUUUGAAGUGUUUGUAAAUUUCACUCCGGUUGAUUGACACCAAGGACAAGCUUUGAUGAUAAAAGACCUUGAAAAGGAAUGGUUAAAACA